GUGAUUGUGAAAUCUGGGCCAGGGACUUUCCUCAGUCUGGCUGUUUAUGACAAUUAUAUCUUCUGGUCAGACUGGGGGAGAAGAGCUAUCCUGCGUUCCAACAAGUACACAGGAGGAGAUACAAAAAUUCUUCGUUCUGAUAUUCCACAUCAACCAAUGGGAAUCAUAGCUGUUGCCAAUGACACCAAUAGCUGUGAACUUUCUCCAUGUGCAUUAUUGAAUGGAGGUUGUCACGACCUGUGCCUUUUAACACCUAAUGGGAGAGUGAAUUGUUCCUGCCGGGGAGACCGAAUAUUGCUAGAUGACAACAGAUGUGUGACUAAAAAUUCCUCCUGCAACAUUUAUUCAGAGUUUGAGUGUGGAAAUGGUGAGUGCAUUGACUACCAGCUCACCUGUGAUGGCAUUCCUCAUUGUAAGGACAAAUCAGAUGAAAAACUGCUCUAUUGUGAAAACAGAAGCUGUCGAAGAGGUUUCAAGCCAUGUGAUAAUCGUCGUUGCAUUCCUCAUGGCAGGUUAUGUGAUGGUGAAAAUGACUGUGGAGACAACUCUGAUGAAUUAGACUGUAAAGUUUCAACCUGUGCCACUGUUGAGUUCCGCUGUGCAGAUGGGACUUGCAUUCCAAGAUCAGCACGAUGCAACCAGAACAUAGACUGCGCAGAUGCUUCAGAUGAAAAGAACUGCAACAAUACAGACUGCACACAUUUCUAUAAACUUGGAGUGAAAACCACAGGGUUCAUAAAAUGUAAUUCUACCUCACUGUGUGUCCUGCCAACCUGGAUAUGUGAUGGGUCUAACGACUGUGGAGACUAUUCAGAUGAAAUAAAGUGCCCAGUUCAAAACAAACACAAAUGUGAAGAAAAUUAUUUUGGUUGUCCUAGUGGAAGAUGCAUUUUGAAUACCUGGAUAUGCGAUGGUCAGAAAGAUUGUGAGGACGGACUUGAUGAAUUCCACUGUGAUUCUUCUUGCUCUUGGAACCAAUUUGCUUGUUCUGCACAAAAAUGCAUUUCUAAACACUGGAUUUGUGAUGGAGAAGAUGAUUGUGGGGAUGGAUUAGAUGAAAGUGAUAGCAUUUGUGGUGCUGUGACCUGUGCAGCUGACAUGUUCAGCUGCCAGGGCUCCCACGCCUGUGUGCCCCGGCACUGGCUGUGUGAUGGUGAAAGGGACUGUCCAGAUGGAAGCGAUGAGCUUUCCACAGCAGGCUGCGCUCCCAAUAACACAUGUGACGAAAAUGCUUUCAUGUGCCAUAAUAAAGUAUGCAUUCCCAAGCAAUUUGUUUGUGACCAUGAUGAUGACUGUGGAGAUGGCUCUGAUGAGUCACUGCAGUGUGGAUACCGACAGUGUAGUUCAGGAGAAUUUAGUUGUGCUGAUGGGAGGUGUCUUUUAAACACUCAAUGGCAAUGCGAUGGUGACUUUGACUGUCCUGACCAUUCUGACGAAGCACCUUUAAACCCAAGGUGUAAAAGUGCAGAACAGUCAUGCAACAGUUCAUUUUUUAUGUGCAAAAAUGGCAGGUGCAUUCCCAGUGGAGGUCUUUGCGACAAUAAGGAUGACUGUGGAGAUGGUACAGAUGAGACAAACUGCCAUAUAAAUGAAUGUCUGAGUAAGAAAGUCAGUGGGUGUUCUCAAGAUUGUCAGGAUCUUCCAGUCAGUUACAAGUGCAAAUGCUGGCCCGGAUUCCAACUGAAGGAUGAUGGUAAAACAUGUGUAGACAUUGAUGAAUGCUCUUCAGGCUUUCCUUGUAGCCAGCACUGCAUCAAUACAUAUGGGACCUACAAGUGUCUCUGUACAGAUGGGUAUGAAAUACAACCUCAUAACCCAAAUGGCUGCAAAUCACUCUCAGAUGAAGAACCUUUUCUAAUUCUUGCGGAUCAUCAUGAGAUAAGGAGAAUUAGCACUGAUGGCUCUAACUACACGCUUUUAAAACAGGGAUUAAACAAUGUUAUUGCUAUAGACUUUGAUUACAGAGAUGAAUUCAUCUAUUGGAUUGAUUCUAGCCGACCCAAUGGUAGCCGCAUAAAUAGAAUGUGUUUAAAUGGAAGUGACGUUAAGGUAGUGCACAACACAGCUGUCCCCAAUGCACUUGCUGUGGAUUGGAUUGGAAAAAACCUCUAUUGGUCUGACACAGAAAAAAGGAUUAUCGAAGUAUCCAAACUCAAUGGCUUGUACCCUACUAUACUCGUUAGCAAAAGGCUGAAGUUUCCCAGGGACUUGUCUUUAGAUCCUCAAGCUGGGUAUUUGUAUUGGAUUGACUGCUGUGAAUAUCCUCACAUUGGCCGUGUUGGAAUGGAUGGAACCAAUCAGAGCGUUGUCAUAGAAACCAAGAUUUCUAGACCUAUGGCAUUAACAAUAGAUUAUGUCAACCAUAGACUCUACUGGGCUGAUGAAAAUCACAUUGAAUUUAGCAACAUGGAUGGAUCUCAUAGACACAAAGUCUCCAAACAUCUCUGCAUGAUAAACAAUGGUGGUUGCAGUCAUUUGUGCCUUUUAGCUCCUGGAAAAACCCAUACCUGUGCAUGUCCCACAAACUUUUAUCUUGCAGCUGAUAAUAGGACUUGCUUAUCCAACUGCACAGCCAGUCAGUUUCGUUGCAAAACUGAUAAAUGUAUUCCAUUCUGGUGGAAAUGUGACACCGUGGAUGACUGUGGUGAUGGAUCAGAUGAACCUGAUGACUGUCCUGAAUUUAAAUGUCAGCCAGGACGAUUUCAGUGUGGAACUGGACUCUGUGCUCUGCCUGCUUUCAUCUGUGAUGGGGAGAAUGACUGUGGAGAUAAUUCUGACGAGCUCAACUGUGACACACAUGUCUGCCUGUCAGGUCAGUUCAAGUGCACCAAGAACCAGAAAUGUAUUCCAGUAAACCUGAGAUGUAAUGGACAAGAUGACUGUGGUGAUGAGGAAGAUGAAAGGGAUUGUCCUGAAAACAGCUGUUCUCCAGACUAUUUCCAGUGUAGAACUACUAAACAUUGCAUUUCCAAGCUGUGGGUUUGUGAUGAGGACCCAGACUGCGCAGAUGCGUCAGACGAAGCCAACUGCG